AGCAGAAAACAGCCAAACCCAACCGUUCUAGUGAUCAUUAACAUAUUAAAAAAUAUACUGGGUGCUGAUUAAAUAAAUUAGUUUUUCCUAAAAUCGUCGUCAUUUUCCCGCAGUACAGGGGCUCCGCACCCUCACCUUGGGAUAUGCUGGACAUUAGAAUGUUUCCCCGACCGUUGCACUUGUCUGACCAGAAUGUUGCAACAGCUGCUCUGCUGGCCCGCCUGACCGGUCGACCACCUCUACCCCUCCCACCUUUUCUGACAGGGAAACUACCAAUGCCCCACCUUCCCCAGCUCCUGGGGCUACCCAUGGGCCACCAUCAACAACAUUUUUCCCCACCAGGCUUUCUACAGGGGUUUCAUAAUAACAGAGACGACGGAGCAGAGUCCCCAAUAGACGAAGAUGACGAGGAAGCAAAACGAAGACGAUCUCGGACAAAUUUCUCCCAAUGGCAGCUGGAAGAGCUAGAACGCGCUUUUCUCUCUUGUCACUAUCCAGACGUUUUUAUGCGCGAAGCACUCGCUAUGCGCUUAGAUCUGAAGGAAUCUAGAGUAGCGGUAUGGUUUCAAAACCGGCGAGCCAAGUGGCGAAAGCUUGAUAACACAAAGAAGGGACCAGGUCGACCGGCGCACAACGCGCACCCGCAAACCUGUUCCGGUGAACCUAUUCCUCCAGAGGAGAUUAGAAAGCGGGAGCAGCAGAGGAGAGAAAGAAAACUUGUCAGACAGUUGGAGAAACAGCAGAAGAAGCUUGAAGCUAAGGGUAUCCUUGUUGAAUUAUCUCAGCUUCGGCGGGAGUGGGAGGCGGCGAGGAAUAACGGCCGCGGCGGAAACAACGAACCCAUCGAGGAGCACGAGAUUGACGUCGUCGGUGAUGAUUCAGAUGAUGAAGAUCUUGGAGAUAUAGAUCUUCCCUCACUCUCCUCCCUUCCUUCUCUCUCCUCCCUCCCCUCCCUCUCCUCCCUCCCCUCUAUAGAAACAGAUCUACGCUCUCUACCCUCUCCCACCUCCAAUGGAUUCAAACUUAGAAAUAAUUUUAGUAUAGACAAUCUCCUGGCGGUCAGAUUUGGAACUUCAAUGCACUCAACGAUGCACACCAGUAUACAUUCAAACUACGUGAAACAGGAAGAGCAGGAAGAACAGGAAGAGCAGGAAGAACAGGAAGAACAGGAUGAACAUGAAGAGCAUGAUGAGCAGGAAACACAAACAAUGAUGAAACAGGAGAAUCUGGAGUGAAUGCUGUGAAAAAGCCAAAUGAAUAAAUUCCAAUGGAAAAUCAUGGACGAUUGUUAUAUGCGUUUUCAUCAAAUACGUAAAUUAAUAGAUAUGUGCCCCUCAACCCCCCCCCCCCUCCUUCUGUUUUUAAUAAGAAAAAUACCAUUUAUUGCCCUUCUUCCUAUCGCCAGUUAGUUUUAUGUGAUACAAAAUAAAUGCGUAAAGCCAUUGUUUAACGGUUUGUUUACAUAUGAUUGUCAGUGUACUGCAAUGACAUAAAUUAAUAUUCUGACCACGUGCCCCCCCCGGGGGGGAUCCCUCCCCCCUCUCAACAUGGAUUCAGUUGACCAGUAAACUCCCCAGGCUCCUUUCUGAAUAUUAAACAAAAAUACAUUCUAACAUUUUAGAAAUAGAAAUAAUUUAUUUUCAAAAUUUAGUGCAUAUAAAACGUUAUUUUAUUCCCCCCAAAAUGUGAACAUUUAUUCUAACUUUCAUUUAUUAUAGUUUUUAUUUAAUUAUUUUAGCACAAGUUAAAAAAAUAAUUUAAUUGAAAUACUUUGGUAUGAAUCCGAGCAAUAAUCAUCCCCGGCUCCAACCUCCAGCCCCUGCCCCCCCCCCCUCUACCCACUAAAUUUCUGUUUCUGUGUAGAUAUAGUUCAUUUUUAUUUAACAUCAGCCCGUAUCCAGGUAUUUGUGUUAUUAUUGUUAUAUAUAUAGUUAAGCGAUUCCUCCAG